GACAGGAAAUGGCCUGUGGGAGACCCGUUCGCCGGUUCAGGCAAGGGCGCCGGGCGGAAGUGCGGUGAUGGCGGAGUUCUAUGUCAAGCCCGGGAACCAGCAGCGCGGCUGGAACGACCCCCCGCAGUUCUCCUACGGGCUGCAGCAGCGUCCGGCUCUUUCCAGCGGCUUGACCCAGCGGGGUCCCUUCCGGAGAAGAGUGGCGGCGGCAACAGAAGGAAAGGAGCCCGAAGCGGCGCCGCACCCCCCCGUUGCCUCUAGCCCAGUUGGACUGCUUGUCCCACAGUCUGUGAACCUGCCUCCUCCUGGACCACAAACCUCUUUUCAGAGAGCAGAUGCCACAACACCAUCUGUUGUAAAGGCUGACAAGGAAUAUGAAAUAGAGGAUGUGCUUUCUUCCUUGCAUGAGACUCUGAACAACUGUAGGAGCUGUGUGCAGAAACAGGUUUGUGAUGAUAUCCAUAAACGCUUGGUAAUUCUGCAGGAAAUGUGGACACAAGGCAAAUUAUCUUCCCCAGUAAGAAAAAGGAUGGGAAUUCUAACAGAAGAACUCAAGAGUCAGCACUGGGAUGUAGCUGAUGAGAUUCAUCGCUCCCUAAUGGUGGACCAUGUUGCUGAAGUAAGCCAGUGGAUGGUGGGAGUCAAAAGGCUUAUUGCUGAAACAAAGAAUUUGCCUGGAGAAGAUCCACUGCCGUAGAACAUAAGCAAGGAGUCAACCUGUUUGGAUCUGAAUGCUUAUAAGAUUUGCCUGAGCCCAGGAACUGGCCAAUAUGAAAAUGGGCCCUGUCUGAAAGGCAGCCUGGUCCAGGGAGAUUUGAUUUCCUAACCAUUAGAGGAAUAAUUUUAUUUCCUUAACAGCUGUCUAAUUAAAAUUGCAUUUUCCAACUGGAUCAUAUCAUAAUGAGAAUUUUUCUGAUAAAUAAAAAAAAACUUUUUGAAGAUGACAAGUUAAAAAUAGCAAUUUUGCAGAUACUUUUAAAUUGUAUAGUGAAUCCUAAGUGCCACACUGGUGUUACAUUUAAAGAGUUGUUAAUAUAGCUACUAUAAAGUC